AGAUGGCCUCCGUCGUGUUGGCAUUUUGUCUCGCAAACUAAAAAAUGGUGUUAUUUAGGGUUUAGGAUUGAAGAAAUUAAUGCAGACACUUAUUGAAAUUAAGGCUGAUAAUCCCUAAAAAGAAAAAAUUGAUUAAAAAUGUCAUGGCUUGGCGGCAGUAUUUCGUCUUUCACAGGGCAACUGUCAAAUUUGACGAAAGAUAUUCUUACAGAAGGAACCGAAGAAAUAAGUGAUCCUACCACAGAGUUACAACUUGCCAGAGAAAAACUUCAAACUGCCGAUACGUUAAAUAAUGCAAUUAGACAAGAGAAUGAAAAGUUAAAGAGAGUAAACAGAGAGUUAGAAGAAAAGGCUGAGUCAGCUGAAAUACAGAUAAAUAAUAUAUCAAGAGAAUACAGAAUAUUACUAGAAGAAAAGGAGAAAGAAAAUAAAGAAUUAAAACAGAAACAACAUGAAUUAUUAGAUUUUCAAGCUAAAUCAGCUUUAUCAGUUCAUGACUCACCUGUACCUCAUAUUACCAGCUCCACACAUCGAACAUCUAAUACCAGAAUACAAACAGGUGGUUUUCAUGAAGACGAUCAGGAUUUGGGAGACUCUAUUAGAUUACAACAUGAAGUCAAUGGAUUGCGACAAGAUGUUCAAAGAUUACGAGCAGAAUGUCAACAUUGGCGCUCAGUGGCUGGACAAUUAUCUGGCAAUCAAAGUGCAGAAGAGCAAACUAAACAUACAGAAAGUUUACAACUUAAAGACAGAAUACAGGAACUUCAAAAUCAGUUGAUCCGAGAAAAAGAUCACCAUCAACAUGAAGUUAUCUCCCUUCAAGAUGUUCACCAUGAAAAACUCGCUACUAUCAAGAAAACCUAUAAACAAGAUUUGGCUCGAUUGGAAGAGAAGUUAUCUGAAUUACAAGAUAACACCAGUAACCAUGGUGACAGUUCUACAGAUUUACAUAGUCUUACACAAGCUAAACAAACACUGGAAGAAGAAAAUAAAGAAAUGAAGAAACGUAUUGAAUCUAUGAGUGUUGAGUUAGAAAAGUUUAAUAAUGAGAUAAAAGUUAAUAAAACCCAGUCACAAACAUUACAAUCUAUUGUUAAAGAUUUAGAAGAAGAGAAGAAAAAGUAUGAAGUAGAAUUAGUCCAGGUGCGAUUAGCUUUAUAUGAAUAUAAACAAAGAUUAUUGGAUCAACUGGAUUCCGAUCAUACAGAUAUAGUUGACUGGAUAACUGAAAUGAAAGAAGUGACAUAUGAGUCAGAUCAUGAUGCUGCUGUAAAACGCCUUAAACUUUUAAAUGAAACACAAGACUUAGACACCAAAAUAAAUGAGGCAGGACGGAAGUUACGUCAAGCUAAACAAGAAGCUAGUGAACUACAAGUGGAGGAGAAACCAAGAAGAGUUGAGAGUGAAUACUCUACAUCUACAGAUUUAGAUGUUGAUCAGCUAAAAGAGGAGAAUAUAAAACUGCAAGAAGAAGUAUCUUCUUUACAUAAACAAAAUCGUAAACAUAUCGUUGAAAAAGAUCUUUAUGAAGAGAGAUUAAAAUCUUACAGAAGACGGCUAGCUGAAAUACAAGAUGAUUUUGAAAUGGAUGAAGAGUUUGAUGACUCUGAAUUUGAUUUAGGACAAAAACCUAUGGUCUCUGGUAUUGAUUCCAAUUCUCCGUUAGACGAACAAGUACGCCAUCUACAGAGUCAGGUUCAACAAUAUCAGAAUGAUAUAGAACAAUUUGAAUAUGUUAAAUGUGAUUGGCAGCUAGAGAAAGAAGCAUUAGAAGACGUUUUGAUGAAACUACGUGAAGAAUUAAAACAAGCUGAAUCAUCAUUAGCAGUAGCACAAGCACAACAGGGUUUAGAAGAGGUAGCUAGACAGGGUACACAGCCAUCUCUUAUUGUUGAUGAUGCUACAGAAACUGAUGAGGACACUGCUAAUAAAUUAGCCAGUCAAAUCAAUGAAUUAGUCAAUGGUAAUCAACAGUUAGAAGAAGAAAGGGACCAGUUAUUACAACAAGUGACAUCAUUAGAAGAUAAAAUACAGGAACUAGAAAUAGAAACCAUCAAUCUAAAUACUAGUCUUAGUCAACAACAGUCACUUUCAGGUGAUAUUGAUGAAGAGCUUAAAGAAAAAGAUAAAAGAUUACAAACAUUACAACAGGAGAAAGAUGAAUUAGAGACAAGUUUAGAUCAACUUGAUUUACAGCAUCAAGAGGAACAGACACAGUUAAUCACUAUUAAAGAUCAUCUCGCUAGAAAGGCAGAUGAAUUGGCCAAACAGCUCAAAGAAAAUGAAACAAUCAUUGCUGAUUUGACUCAGAAACUGAACUCCCAAUCAAAUGAAUCUGAAAAAGAUAAUUCAGCCAUGACUAAAGAUUUGGAAAACAAAGUUGAAAAAUUAACAAACGAUCUUAGUCGAAGUAAUGCCACAUGUGACCAAUAUGCCAAAGAAAUUGAUGCUUUGAAAGAUAAAUUACAAAAUGGUGCUGUGGCUGAAAAAGAUAAUUCAGCCAUGACUGAAGACUUGGAAAACAAAGUUGAAAAAUUAACAGACGAUCUUAGUCGAAGUAAUGCCACAUGUGACCAAUAUGCCAAAGAAAUUGAAGCUUUGAAAGAUAAAUUACAAAAUGGUGCUGUGGCUGUUAAUGAUCUACAUAUGGAUAUACGAGAAUUAGAAAGCUCUCUACAAAAAUAUAAAGAUGAACUUGCCCACAAGUCUUCCAAGAUGAAGGAACUAAAAGAUGCAAAUGUGAAACUGAAAGAGGAGAAUCAAAACCUAGAGGAUAAAAUAGAAGAUUUGGAAGAUGAGGUUGAAAAAUGGCAGUCAAUAAAUGAAAAGAAUCGAGUUGGUCAGACAUCUAGCAAUUCUAAUUUUGAAGCUGACUUCAAACGAUAUGAUGAACAAUUGGCUGAAGCAGAUGCAAGGUUGGAAGAAGCCACUGCUAAAAAAGCUGAAACUGAUAAUACAGUUCAAGAAUUAACCAAGUUAAUUGAAAAACUGCGAAGAGAAAAUGAUCAGUUGAUGACUCAAGCUCAUAAUUCAUCUAUAGAAGUUGAAACUCUUGCCCAAGCUUCUCCUGUGUUAAAUUCCACUCAAAACACAGAUCUAGAAACACAGUUAGAUGCAAUGUCGUCCGAGAAACAACGUCUGGAGAAAGAACUUGACCUCUUAGAGCAGAAAUUAUCCAAUCAGACAAAACAUUACGAAAAAUAUAUUAAAGAGUUGGAAGAGAGUAAGAAUAUGGACGAAAGCACCUUGCAACAAGAACAUCAACGUCUUGCCCAUAUCCUACACGAGAAAGAAAGAAGAAUAUCAGAGCUCAAUUCACAACUUGAAGAGGUUGAAACUGAGUUGCAGGAUACCAAAGAAACCAUGAAAACGGCUGUGGAGAGUCAGAAUCAGAUAGCAACCAUACUUCAGGAAAAGGAAGAAAAAAUUCAGAGCUUGAUGAAAGUCGAAGUUGAAUGUGAUGAGCUAAAACAGAAGGGAAAAGAAUUAGAAAUAACUUUACAAUCUAUGCAGCAUUUAGAGAUUGAAGUCCAAAGAUAUCAAUCUUUAACUGAAAUCCUGAAAAAAGACCUAGAAGAAGCUCAAGCUCUGGCUCAACAAAACACAGAAGCAUUAAAUGAAAAACAUAAAACAUUAGCUGUGAUAACCGAUCUCGAAACCGAAUUGACUGUAGCUACUGAAAAGAUCACAAGUCUGGAGGAAAUUAUUAAGAAACAAGAGUUAACAAUAGCUGAUCAUGUCAAAGGUAUUGCAUUGCUCAACCAGAAAAUAGAUGAACAACGCCAUGAAUUACAAGUCGAGAAAGGUAUAAUAAGUCAACAUGAAGACUGUAAUGCUGUUCUUCAAUCAGCUCUGACUACGAAAGAAGACGAUUUAAAAAAACUAGGAAGAAAGCUAAUGCGUGCUUCAAGUUUUCUCAAUGAUGAUCAGAAAGCUGGUAUUGAAAUCGAUCGUGAUCCUGAUUACACAUUACCAGCUAUAGAAUACCUUCAAGAUAACAAUACCAACAAUACAGUUAAUGGUUUUGAUGAAGAAAUGGACCAAACAGAUAAAGUCAGCAAGCAUCUGGACCAGUUACAAGGAAAACUUGGUGAAAAAGAUCAAAUUAUCACAGAAUUACAACAGAAGAAUUCAUCACUGCUCAAAGUUCUGGAAUCAAAAUCCUUGACAUCACAAAAUGGUGAGGGUAGUAUCCUGGAUGUACGCAGACUGGAAAAUGAAGUAAAGAAACUAGUUACUGAAAAAGAACAAAUUUUAGCCAUAAUGAAUGAGAAAUCACGGGAAUCAAGCUCCUUGAAGGCGGAAGUACAUCGCUUAAUGAAUAUUGUUUCUGCUGAAAAAACAGCUUUGAAUAAACUGCAGAAGGACAACCACGAACUCACACAAAAACGUGACGGUCCCAGUCCAAAUGAUGACAUGCAGAAAGCAGCCUUGCAGCAAUUGUCCAGACUUAUUCGGGAUAAAGAUGUAGAAAUAGAGGCCUUAAAACAAAAGAACGAAACAUUGUUAGCAGUUCUUCAAGAUUCUUCCACGGAUAACAGUAACAAUCAGUUGAGUACUUUAUUAUUGGAGAAAGAAAAUUUAAGUAAGAGAUGUGCUGGUCUGCAGAGUCAGAAUGAACAGAUGAUCGUAUACCUCAACCAAAAACAUCAAGAAAGCGUCACAUAUCACAAUGAAGUUCAGCGUCUGUCGGUUAUAAUAUCAGAGGAAAGCCAAAAGUACGAAACCAUUAAAGAAGAAUAUGCCAGAAUAGUUCCACAAUUUGAGGAGAAGAAAGAGGCAUUACUGAAACUUCAAGAUGAACUUAUAACCUACAAACAACGAUUUAGCGAAUUAGAAAUUAGGUAUGGCGAAAUGUUACAGAGAUCAAAUAUCAAAGACACUGUUGAUGUCACAAGUUUUAAUGCCAAAGAAGAUGAACUUAAAAGAACUCAAGAUAAAUUUCAAGAUUUACAAAAAUAUGUAAAGGAGAAAGACAGCAAAUUACAGUCUCUAAGUCAGCAACGUAAUGAAAUGGAAAAUGAGUUGGUUGGAAAAGAGGCUGAUCGAAUUAGCUUGAAGAAGCAGGUUGAACAUUUACAAUUUACUGCACAAGGUCUUCAGACAGAACUUUUUGAAUUACGAUCAGAAAAUUCAAAAUGGAGUCAAAAUCGAUCAGAACAAGAUUCGGAACAUCUGAUGUUAAAAGAGGCCAAUAAUAAACUUAGUUUAUCACUCAGGGAAAAAGAGUUAGAAUUGUGUAGCAUGAUGGACAAAUGUGAUACAUUGACCAAUUUGAUGCAGGAUCAUAGAAAGGAUCAAGGUGAAGAAGGUCAGUUAGUUCACCAGGAGCAAGUUGACCGAUUGGUUCAACAGAUGGACGUAUUAAGACAACAAUCUGUAGAGUUACAACAAGAACGUGAUCAGGCGUUAUUAGCUCUACAACAACAACAAGAAAACAACAAUAAAUUAAUUAAAGAGGUAGAAAGAUUGCAAGAGAAAGAAGGUAAAAUGACGAGAGAAUUAGACAGAUUAAGAACACAUCUAAUACAGAUUGAAGAGGGUUAUACAAGAGAGGCAUUAGAUUCAGAAGAAAGAGAAAAAGAAUUAAGAAACAGAGUAGCUAUAGCUGAAGAAAAACUUCUCUCUACUUCAACUGAUGUAGAAUCUGCUAGUCAACAUAUGUCUAUACAAAUAGAAGAAUUAAAAUAUCAACUAGAGAUUGUAUCUAGUCAACGAGAUGCAGCGUAUAGUCAGGUGACAGGCAUGCAGGAUCAAUGUCAACAAUAUGCUUCUUCAUUGGCUAAUCUACAAUUAGUUCUAGAACAAUUCCAACAAGAUAAAGAAUGGCAGAUCGCAUCAGAAUCUGAGAAAUAUCAGGAAGAAAUACAAUCAUUAAAACAAGAAUAUGGUUCUGUACAGAAUACUCUUAUAGAAACACAGCAACAAUUAGAAGAAGCAUCAGAAGGUUUAGAAGCUGCUGACAGAUUAUCUCAACAGUUAGAUAGAAAAGAAGAAGCUGUUCAAGCAUUACGAGAUGAGGUUCAAUUAAGAGAAAAAUCUCUGAAAUUAGCAGAAGAAGAAAUCCGAAAAUUGACAUCAAGUACAGAGGCUAAAGUUGAUAAAGAACUGAUGAAGAAUCUGUUACUGGGUUAUUUUACUACACCACAAACUAAACGCAAGGAAGUUGUCCAUACUAUUGGAGGGGUUCUCAACUUUAAUCCUGAGGAAUUUCAAAAGAUAUCUGAAGCUGAAGGUUCUUCAGGUGGUUGGGUACCUGGUUUAUUUAAAUUAGGAAGAAGUUCACAUCCUACCCCACCUACUACACCUGUACGUAACUCAGGAACUAAAGCACCAAGUCUAAAUCAGUCUUUCUCUCAACUUUUCGUGAAAUUUUUGGAGACUGAAUCAUCACCUCCUCCACCUGCGGUCAGACUUCCUGCAGAACAAAUGGCAAAAGAACUACAAGAAAAACAUCACAGAGAAAAAGAAACCACAAGAUUAUCUAAACCUCCUGCUUUUAAUCCUUUCACAGCUCCUCGUCACGUAUCUAUGCCGAUAUCAGUUGGCACUGAUCGCUCGGCCAAGUCUGAUUCACAUAUAUUAAUGGGAUCGACCAAUACACCUAGUUUUACACCCAUGUUUACAACGCCUGUCGCUAAUGAUAAUAUAAGUCAACCAAAUUCAGGUCGUUCCACUCCACAAAAUUCCAGUAGCGCAAUACUCAAAGAUGUCCUGGGUUCAAGAUGACAGUAGCUCUGUAUAUUCAUUAACUUAAUUUUAUUAACAUUUACACAUGACAAUAUUCAUGUGUAUAUAACAUUAUUAAUCACUGGAAGAUGGUUGUGAUUUGUCUGUGAAGAAUCCAGUCAUGACUUAAUAAUGUCUAGGACGUGCCAUUUGUACUCUGUGUGCUAUUUUACUGGCAACUCAUGUUUCUUAGCACAAUCCAACCUCGUGGGUUUUCUCCGGGUCCUCCAGUUUUCUCCCACUGCUAAAGACCCCUACGCGCAAGCAAAUUAUUGAAAUAAAAUUGAACCCUAUAUUAGUCCCGAAAUGACUGAGUGCAAACAAAGGGUAGUAAGAUCAAAAGCUGUGCCAAAAGUAGAACAGCUGAAAUGAAAAAAAAUCCACAGAUUCACCAAGUCCGUGGUCAAAUCGGUCUAAAAAAAUCCCAAUGUUGCAAAACAUUAAACCCAAUUAGAGAUUUCAUUUAAAUAGGUCUAUUGUCUUUUAAGCUGUCACUUCAACACCGACCUUAAUCUCAUUAACAUUUGUGGUUAUUAUUUUAUUUAAGGUGAAAAUACUCCACAAAGUGAUAUUUGUAAUGUGAUAUAUAUGUAACAUAGCAUUUGGUUGAAUAAUUGUAAUUCCAGACCCACAGUAAAACACCAGAACUAGUCUAAAUUUUUAGCAUUUUUUGAUAACAAAAUACAAUUACCUAGUAAUUAUUAUCUGUUAAAUAUUAAUAAAUGCACAAUUUGUUUUUGUGUUUCAUACUAACUCAUAGUGCUUACCAAACUAUUAUAAUAAAACCAAACUUUAUUAACUGAAAAGCUCGACAUAAAAUGAAAAAAGGUGAUUUUGUUUAAUAGUUGUUUGUUUGUGAUUACCUGUAUAUUGUAAGUAAAAUUAAUCAUAUUUAUAUAAUGGUGUAUUAUUAUACAAUAUUCACCUGUUAAAAGUUUUAUAUUAUAUAAAGGGACCUAUUGUUAAAUAAAAAUGUUUGUUUAUUUCUUAUUGCUGGUGUGAAAAUGUUUGUUGAAAUAAUGAAUAAUUAAAUGAACUAGUGUUUAACAUUCUAUACUUAAAAGUUGUUACAGUUUUAUAUAAAAACAGAUUAAAUUUCAUAAAUUUAAGAUUUGUUUAUAUAAUUAAAUAUUACAUAUUUCAAGAGAAGCAAAUAAAAUAUCUGAAAAUUGGUCCGUUUGUUCAUCUGCAUAUUUGAAUUCCCAUACAAAUAAAUCAGAAGAGAUUUGAGAAAAAAGACUUAUUAGUUAGAUCAAAGUAAGACUUUAAGAUACAUUAUGUAAGAUUUAGAUAAAGAGCUGGGUUUUAUUGCUAUAAUAGUUCAAAAAUAGAUAAUGCAAAGUUAUGAGUGUUUGAAGUAUUGACUAUAUAUAGUUCUGAUUGUCAAGUACCAUUGCUUUGAUAAUAAACAAAUUAUCCAUGUUUACAUUAAAUUGUGAUUGUGAUUCAAUCCAUUCAAAUUUACCGCCAUCCGAUGGUCUAGGGUGUUGAUUGUGGGCUUGUCGUGGGAAUGAAUGCCUAAUUAAUAAAUUAUUUAACAUUGAAGCCCCCUCAAAAAGACCAAUUUGUAGAUUUAGCUCUUACAUGAUGCAUCUUUAGUCAAAAAGAAAAGUUGCCUAGAUCAUUUGGAUGAAUCAUAUGGUCUCUUAUUGGCAUUACUAGAAAUAUUCUGAUAUUUAUUUCGGUGAAGUGUCCCUUUAAUUGUAAAUGGAAUUCUGGUAUAUAAUUGUUAUAUUAUAGAAUAUCAAUAAUUGUACAAAACAAUGUUAUCUUAAUACUAAGCAUGUAUAGUUGUAUUUAAAAGGGAAAUUUAACAAUGGGGAAUAAAUUAUUUUUAAAAAAAG